CAUUUGCAUUGGUGCAUGUCUGCCCCAUCCCCGCCCCACGACCAUCCCCGCCCCACGACCAUCCCCUUGCUCUUGAGCCGCGUGAUGGCUGCUCUUGAGACCCAAGGGGCUGCUGCCGGAGGGGAGGAGGACUGUAGCGGUAACCGCGGCGGAGUUGAGGGUGUCCGUGAUGAGGACAGUAAGGAUUGUAUCCUGGAGCCGCUUUCCCUGCCAGAAAAUCCAGGUGGCACCACCACUUCAGAAGGUUGUCCAUCUGUGCCUUGCAUUUUCUGUGAAGAACAUUUUCCUGUAGCUGAGCAAGACAAACUUCUAAAGCACAUGAUUAUUGAACAUAAGAUGGUCAUAGCUGAUGUCAAGUUGGUUGCUGACUUCCAAAGGUACAUUUUAUAUUGGAGGAAAAGGUUCACUGAGCAGCCCAUCACAGAUUUUUGUAGUGUGAUAAGGAUCAAUUCCACAGGUCCACUUGAAGAACAAGACAAUUAUUUUUUGUUAUGUGACGUUUUGCCAGAAGAUAGAGUUCUUAGAGAAGAGCUUCAGAAGCAGAGGCUGAAAGAAAUUCUGGAACAGCAGCAGCAAGAAAGAACUGACACUAAUUUUCAUGGCAUUUGUAUGUUUUGCAGUGCAGAAUUCCUUGGAAACAGAUCUGUUCUUUUGAACCACAUGGCCAGAGAACACGCUUUCAACAUUGGAUUGCCAGACAACAUUGUAAACUGCAAUGAAUUUCUACGCAUACUACAGGAAAAGCUUGACAACUUACAGUGCUUAUACUGUGAGAAGACCUUCAGGGACAAAAAUACACUGAAAGAUCAUAUGAGAAAAAAACAGCAUCGUAGGAUCAACCCUAAGAACAGAGAAUAUGACCGAUUUUAUGUCAUCAAUUAUUUGGAACUUGGAAAAUCUUGGGAAGAGGUUCAGUUGGAAGAUGAUCGGGAGUUGCUAGACCAUCAGGAAGAUGAUUGGUCUGAUUGGGAAGAACACCCUGUCUCAGCCGUCUGCCUAUUUUGUGAAAAGCAAACAGAAACAAUCGAGAAAUUAUAUGUCCACAUGGAGGAUGCACAUGAAUUUGAUCUCCUCAAAAUAAAGACAGAACUUGGAUUAAACUUCUAUCAGCAAGUGAAACUGAUCAACUUCAUUCGGAGGGAAGUUCACCAAUGUAGAUGUUACGGCUGCCAUAUGAAGUUUAAAUCCAAAGCAGACUUAAGGACUCACAUGGAAAAAGCUAAACACAUAUCACUGCUUCCUGAAAAAAAGACAUGGGAUCAACUGCAGUAUUAUUUUCCAACCUAUGAAAAUGACACUCUGCUGUGUACACUGUCCGACAGUGAAAGUGACCUGACAGCUCAGGAACAAAAUGGAAAUAUUCCCAUUAUCAGUGAAGACACAUCUAAACUGCAUGCUUUGAAACAAAGCAGUAUUCUGAACAAGUUGCUACUAGAAGAAUGCUUGAAAAACUAGAACAAACUGCUGCAGAAGUAAUUUUUGCAUGUUUUCUCCUAUAAGACAGAUACAAAAGAAUAGUUGAGAUUUGAACAUCAUCAAAGAACAGAGUCCUUGGCUAUAUAAACUUUUUUUAAAAAUGAAUGCUCAUUUCAGAAUAUAAAGAAAAAUACAAUGAGGGCUUUUUGUAUCUGGGCUAUAACGUUCUAGUGUGUAAUCAUUUUAAAUGAACUUCUUUCAUUAAACUCAUAAUUACCUAUGAUAAGGAGGAUAUGGAAAUCACAAAUAAAUGAAAUGUUCAAAUUAUUUAUAAACCUACCUUAACCAGUGGUUUCAGUCUCUUCCCCACAGGCCUUUUUAUCCAAGUCACAAAGUUUGACAGAUACAGACUUUCUGUAUUAUAUUUGAUAAGCUGUAAAUGAAGUGACCAAAAGAGCCAUGGAAGAAAGGGAAAAUAGUCAAAGACCUGGAUAAUACACAAAUUGGACACUACUUCAGAAUAAUCAAGAGAGACGUUAUCAUCAUCACUGAUUUGUGCCUAGAGUUGCCAGACUGUCUAGAAAUGGGCAUCAAGCCAAUUAACUUCCCCUUCCUCUACAUAGGUAAAAGACAUUUGACUAGUCCUGGUUUUGUUACCAUCAGGUAAAGCAAUUUUUGUCUGACUCAGAAAUCUAUUCUGCCCAUGUUCUCCUUAUAGAAUGUCUUCAUGUCACCAAUCUUUGUUUCAGCCCUUAAGCCAUUUUGUUUUAUGUAUCUUUGUCCCUUAAUUGACCAGCACACUGAUGGAUAAUGUAUGUUGGGUAUUGUAUUUAUUAAACUGAAGAGGUUCAAGAGUGACAGGAGGGUAUUCAGUUUGGAUUCAAGCUAAAUUUUGGUGGUUCAUGGGCUGCCACUAUUUUGACUGUAUGUGUUAGCAUAAAAAAUCCAGAGGUAAUUGAACACAAAACAGACUACUUAUCCAGAUACUGGGAGCCAUAUGGUUUACGUUGUUAUAGGAAAAGCCUGCCUGUCUCAAUUACUAAAACACUAAUCUUAUGUGGAAUCUGGCCUAGGGUAUAACUUUGCCCUUAAUUUUUAAGAUUUGCUUAAAUUUCAAUAGUGCUAAAGUAAAUCCUCCAUCCUCACUAAAUGUUGCAUCGUUUUAAAUUGCUCUUUAAUAUGAAAAAAAUUCUUUUUUGAAAAUAUUCAGUCAGCUUAUGUUCAGGAAGAUUGCAUUAUUAUAGAGUUUUCCCAUUUGUAGUAUUCUUAGCCAGUGACUUCCCCACCCCCCAUGCAUGGAAAAUAAUGAAGUAUUCUGACUGUAAAUCUGCAAUGCCUAAAUCCAAAGUGAUUCUUCAGAGCCUUGCAAAUGAGAAUACGCUGUGCAAACAACCACAUAGAUCUACCAAAACAUCUCAGAAUGCAAGCUACUGAAUUUGCUUUUGAACUCUUCAGGCCUAGUUUUAUGUGGUAUUGCAAGCAAGCUGGAGGCAGGAUUGUCUUUUUAAUAGAAGAAAAAAGAAAAAAAAAAAAAAAAUAUAUAUAUAUAUAUAUAUAUAUAUAUACACAAGUUUUCUUAUGAAGUACUUUUUGUUAUGUACUUUUAUGGACACUUUUAUUAUGGAAAUACGUAACAUACACAGAAGUAGAAUAGAAUAAUGGCUAUCUCUAGCAUUUUCUCUAACAUAUAUCUCUAACCAUUUUUUUAAACAUAAUCAUAACACCAUUGUGUGACCUACCAAAAUUAACAGUAACUUUUUAUCAUCUGUUUGCAAAUUUCCCCAGUUGUCUCAAAAAUGUUUUUUUACAACAUUACCAGUUCUGGGACAAAUAUUGUAUGCAUCCUGAAAAGAAGCAUGUAAAGAGGACAGAAAAAAAAAAUCACCUUUAUGGACUCCUACCAAAAAUGCAUAACCUGAAAAUAAGCAUGAAGAAAGAUCAGUCAAAUCCAAACUGAGGAAUAGUAAACAAAAUGGUUGGCCUUUAUUCUUCAAAAACAUCAAGGUAAUGAAAAACAAAAGACUGAAAAACUGCUCCAGACUGAAGAAGGCUAAAGAUCAAUGACAACUAAAUGCAACAUGUGACCCUGAGUUGAAUCAUGGACCAAGAAAUUUUUUUUUCUUUUACUAUGAAAGACAGUGAGUGAGACAAUUGGAAAAAUUUGAAUAAGGUCUAUAGUAAAUUUUACUAUUACUAAUGUUAGUUUCCUAAUUUUGCUAAUUAUGUCAUGGUUAUGUAUGAGAAUGCCCUUGUUUUUAGGAAAUACACAGAGGUAUUUAGCAGUAAAGGGCAUUUUGUUUGCAACUUUUUAAACAGUUCAGAUAAAAACUAAUGGAUAUAUAGAAAAAGUAAAGAAAAUGUGGUAAGCUGUUAACAUUUGGGGAAUCUGAAGGAAGGUAUCUGGAAUUUUUUUGUACUAUUGCAACUUAUCUCUAAGUCUGAAAUUAUUUCAAAAUAAAGUUUUUUAAAUUGUC